AUGGGCGCAGUGAAGCAGUCGCCAACCUUGGCACCUAGGCGGCUUCUAUGGCAGAUCAUACAAAUGCAAGUAGCUUACUACGCUAUGGGCUUGAUUCUUGUGACGUUUGUGCUUUCAGUUUUCGGGCGUAAAUGGAGCGGAAGCUAUGUGUUCUCUUGGGAACAUGUGAGAGCGGAUACCUCUAUGGGGUGGACUUUGGCUCUCCUUUGGCUACUAAAUGCUGUGUUUAGUGUGCUCAUUCUAGCAAUUGUUGUGGGGCGAAGUAAACUUGCGCUGGACUUCUCCCUCACCCUUCAUGGCAUUCACCUCGUUGUAGUUUGGGCUUAUUCAGGGCAUUUUCCACGCAGCUGGCUCUGGUGGACCUCCCAGUUUGCAUCGGCGCUUUUGAUGGUGGUUCUUGGUAUCUGGACGACCCAGUGGCGUGAACUUCGACGGGCCUUCUUUGAGGAUUUCGAGCUAGCAGAAAUUCAGACGGCUUCCGGUGUUGUUUGA